AUGCCACCAUUUAAUAAUUCACGUCAAUUAGCGUUACUAUGUACUGAUAACAAUCAUAAGUUUAUUUAUACAGAUAGAAUGCAUGGAGCGAUGACAUAUUUGUUUCAAUCAAAUGAUACUCAUCAAAUAUGUAUGAAUAAUAAUGAAACAAAAGUGAAUCCUAAAUAUGAAGGAUUAAUAUGGUUAAUAACAAGUUUACAAAGUUGUAGUGUUGUAAGAAAAAUAAAGUCUAGAUUUUCUCGUGAAAAAUAUAAUAGUAAUUUUCAUUAUAAUUUUUUAAAAGCUGGUUUUUCAUUAGUUUGCCAAAAGACUGAUGAUAUUGGUGUUUAUCAAUUACAAUUUUAUGCCGAUAUAUUUCGAAUACUUUUUGAAAGACAUAAUGAAGAUAGAAAAUUAAUAUGUCAAAAAGUAGUUACCGUAUAUAGUGAAAUGUACGAAAGAUGUCAUGUAAUGAAUAAAACAGAUUUUAUGAAAAGUGUUAUGAAUAUAUGUAAUAUUCGAGGUGGUAUGAUUAGAGUAAAUAUUUUCUUUCAACGAUUCGCAAGAAACUGUGAUACACCACAAGAAUUUUUUAUAAAUCAUAAUCAAUUUGUAUAUAAAGGCUUUGGUCAAUCAUUGACAGAAGAUAAUAUAUUUAUGAAUUCAUUAAGUGCCCAUUUAUCAAGUACUAUUAGAGGAAAAAGUAUAUUACCUCAUUUAAUGUUAAAAACAAGAUUAUUACUUCAACAUUUUAGUUUAGCUGCUAUGACAGUAUAUAAAGAAAUUGAAAAAGUUAUGAAAUGUAAUAGAAUUGAUAAAAAAGUAAAUCAUAUGUUUGAAGAAGAAAUAUUACAAAAUAGUUUAUUAUAUUUUAAUCAAACAACAAAUGAUGAUAUUAUAAUAGAAACACCUGAUGAUUAUAAUGAAGAUUGUAAUACAACAGAAAGUAUAUAUUUUGAUUUAAUUGAAUCUAAAACUUAUCAAAAUAUUGGUAGUCAAGCAUUAAUUGGUGUUUAUGUUGAAAUGUGUCUUUUAAUAUUAGUUAUUUUCAAUACUUUAUGCUUAUCUAUUUUAUUAUAUCAAACACAAUCUCAUCUAUCAACAGCAACUAUUCUUUUUAUUUUUAAUAUUCUUUUUUCAAAUUUUUUAUUUGUAGCAUCAUUUGGUAUACUUUUUUCAGAUCUUCUUACAGAAAAUCCAUAUGCACCAUUAUCUGAUACAACUAUUGGUGAAGAAAAAUCUGCUGCAUAUGCUAUUGCUGAAACUUUACAAUCACAUUUAUUUGCUCCUAGUCAAUUUUACAAACAUUUAGUUCAAGAGACACUUUUUUCAUUAUCACAAAAUGGUUCAUUAUUAGGAUUAACUCAUUUAUUAGUUCUUGUUCUUGUUGUUAUCUCAAAAUCAAUGUCUGGAAAAGCAAUAAGACUUUCAAAAUUUUGUGUUAUUACAGUGUUUUCAUUAGUUUGGAUAUUUCUUAUAAUUACCCAUAUUAUCUUUUCUCUUCUUCAAAUAUCGGCAAUUACAUAUUUAGAUAAUUUAUUAGAUGGUGUUAGUUCUAGUUAUAGAAGAAAUGAAUAUGAAUGUACUAAUAAGGCUCGUCAUUUUUCACAUUAUAAUGAUAUUGGCCAAAGAUGUGAUAGAGUUGAACCAUAUCAUAGAUUUGGAGUUUAUCUUUUAAGAGUUACAUUAUUUUAUCAUUGGAAAGUAAGACAUCAAAAUGGUGUAUUAAAAAUUCAUCAACAAAGUGAUGUUUCACCACAUAAAAGAAGGGAAACAUUAUUUAAUACUCUUUUAUUAUCAAUUACAGCAUUUUUUAUAUCUAUAUUGGGGCAAACAGUUAUUGAAAUAUCAGUAUUUUGGUUAGAAAAUCCAGAUGAAGUAGCUGAUUUUGCUAGAUGGUAUCAAGUUAUGAGAAUAGCAUCUUUUGUUGAUCCAUUAUUAAAUCCAUUAUUAGUAUCAGUACGAACACCAGUAAUACGAAGAAAAUUACGAAUGAUGAUUUAUGUUUUAGGUCAACAUUUUAUAACAUGUUGUUGUCCAUGGAAAAUACGAACUGUAAAUAGAAGAAACAAGAAAGUUAAAAAAAAUAGAAAAUCAUCUAUAACAACAGCAGAUAGUGCAUCAAUUUACAGACCUACAGAUAGUGAAGUAACUUUUAGAAUUUGGUGUACAAGACAAUAUGUUAGAACAUCAUUUUUUGGUAAAUUUACAAGUUCUCAAGGUGUUACAAAUCAUUCUGUUGUAUAG